AUGCUCCAGCACAAGAUGUGCUACAUUCUGAGCUCGUCAAGGCGCAACUGGAUGGACUACGCGCAGAAGGACGAGGCGAAGGACCGUAAGACCAUGCUUUCAACUCUUUCGACUACACGUUUGGACUUCUAGCUCGCCAAAGGCGGUUGUUCGUUAUAGCUUUUAGAGUUCUUGUUCACCGCCUAGUCGAUUACAUCAGACUAAAACAACAAAAUAAAUGAUUUGAUUGAUAUCCUGUUCGCCACGACUUGAAAUAGGCUGAUUGGUCUGGGCUCUCUAUUCUCUCAUCUGCUCACGAAUUGACGCUCCUUUUGUGGUUUUCUUUCUAUAAAUCGUGUAAGUCUGAACUAGAAACUGAGUUCGAUAGAAAAAGAGCGCAGAAAAGUUAAACUUUUUCGAGCUAUGAAAAAAACUGUUUCGAAAUAAAAAAAGCUUUUUCCAAAUGCAGUUUUUGAAAGUUCAAACAUGGUCAAUUCUAAAAUUAUUUUUAUCCGUGAGAAAUUUCAACACCAGAGAACUUUAGCUUCGAAUUUGAAUUUGAAGAUAACAGAUGCAUCACCUUGUUUUUUUCCUCUCACGAAAAAAUAUGACUUCAAAAAGAAUGCUAUUAUCAAUAUUUAAAAUUCAGUGGCCAAACUCAGAAAAACUUUAAUACAACUUGUUUAUUUGAAAGAAGAGAAUAAACAAUAAAUAACGGGAAAAGAAAAUGUUUUCGAAAUUCCAGGAAACUUCUUCUGCAGUUGAUUUGAAGCUUUUGUUGAACUUUAGAAACAGGAAGUUCCUUUCUAUUUUUUUCUUUGUGGAACUUUGAAAGUUACAUACUAAACUUGAAACGAGCUAUGGAAAGUUGGUUCGAACAUACAUAAAAAAGAAAAUAUUCACAUCCUUACACUGUAAUAAAAGCAAAGAACUGUAUAAAAUGAUGGAAAAGAGCUUUUUUCGACAGUUUCCUUUCGUUUUGUGAAAAAAUUUUCUUUUUUUUUCGUUUGAAUUUGCUUUUUGUUGUUUUUAAAACAUAUAUUAGAGAUUUCAACUACUGAAAUUGCUUCAAUCAAAAUUAGAUUUCUUUCGGCAAACCUCUUGAAUAUAAAUUGAAAUAUUCUGCUUACGUCAAUCACAAUAUUUACAGGGUUCUCUGGGAGAAUGGGAAAUCUAGUUCUUCUGUCUUCGUUUCUUCUAGUGAUAGUCAUAGCUUCAGCUGGCGCCUGUGUAAGUAAAAAAGGUUUAGAUGGAUGAAUAUUAAUUUUAGACCAAAAAAGUAACGGUUACGACCUUUGAAACCUACAAAAAAGAAGUCGAUGGUCGAAUCAAUGCUCUGCAAAAACAGAUUGACGAUCUCAAAAAGAAUUGCCGCUGUGGUCAGUCCUUUUUGAAGCGAGCGAUUUCAAGGAAAAUAAUUGUUUUCUAAAAUUUUCGAUAAAGGAAGAUGUCACAUUUCAUCAUUCUUACAGCGUUUUCGGAAAAGUAAAUGCAGUAAGAAAUCUUUUAGCAAAAAUUUGCAUGCAAGAAAUUUAUUUAGCGCAAUUUUAGAACGAUUUCCGAUUCACGGCUAGCUUGAGCCAUCUAAAUAAGGGUCCUGACACGAUAAGCAAAGAGACAGUGCCAUGUUGAUGGAGAGCGCAGACAGGCCACGCCUUUUUGCGUCAAAAGCUAGUCGUGAAUCGGCUAUAACUAAUUUUAAAAAAAAGCUCUAUCGCUUUUUUUUUCACUUCAACCUCCUUCGAUCGGAGAAUCAUAACCUUUUUCAUAAGAGGAAUAAUCAGUUCAAAUUUCUAAAUUGAAAAAAUUAUAGUUUGAAGAAAAAAGGUUUUGGAUAAACUGUAAACGAUCAGAAAAAAAAACCUUUUAGAGCUUCAAUAAAAUUCAUUUUCAAGCCGAUGUUGUUCAAAAGUCUGCCGAGGAAGAUGCACCAACUCCGAAGCCUACUCCCCGCCCCACACCUCGGCCUACGACGGCUGCUCACAAAACGGCGGCUCCCACCACGGCGUUUCGCAAAACCGCGGCUCCGAUCGUAGCCGUCCGUACAACUGAACGACCGGCUACUCCCUCGCCUACGAAGCCAUCCCCACCUACGACUCCCAAGCCCCUUUGUCCAGCCGGCUGGGGCUCAUUCAAACGCUCCGACGGCCGCAUUUGGUGCAUGUCGGUGCGAUCUACAAACUAUUUUCAAAAAAUAAGUAAUCGAAAAAUUAGGUCAGUGACGAGCAAAAGAAACACAGCGAGGCUCAAACGACUUGCCAGGAACAAGGAGCCAAUCUCAAUGGAUUCGAGUCUCCCGAAGAAUACAACGCCAUUCGAAGUCUUUCUCCUAUAGAAACCUCAUUAAUCGCGGGUUUCAGAUUUCCUGAAAAGCAAAGGCGUCACGAAGCAAGUUCACUUGGGCGCGACGCGCGUCGAAGGCUGCACUGGGCGAGACGAUAAUCCGUACAACCAGGACCCCAAGAGCCCAUGCAGUCGUGACAACGUGAGAAUCUUGAAUGGGUCAUUGAGUAAGGAACUUAACACACGUUCUCCGAGAUUUUCAAAAAUCUUUUUUGACGUUUUUGCAUCGAGUGAACUCACAACAACGCUAUAAUCAGAACUUUUUCUGAUGAUAAGUCUAGAUAUAGUCUGCUCAGUUCUUGAAUGUCAAGUAGAAUGACGUCAUUCGAAAACGCUUUUUGGAUGUCUUGCUCUCACUAGUCAGUAGGGCGGAGCUUGGGGGUCGGCAUUUGAAAUCCUUACAGACUAUAGGAGUUUUACAAAACAAAAGAGAAUUUUAUAUUAACAAUUGUCCAAAAGGAACAGAUGACGUUCAAAGUUUUCCAGAAUUUUCCAGAAAAAGAAUAUUUCUCGCACAAAAACUGUUUCUUUUUUAGAUCACUUUCCCCGUUUUCUGAAACACUUGUUAAAACAACGGGUAAAAGCCAUAUCCUGGUCAUUUGAAUUUUUCGCCUUGUGGUAUUUAACCGCGUUUUGUUAAAUCCAUAAGAGUAAUGCAUGAUAUAGAAAAAUUGGAAAAUAUAACAGGUAUUCGCUUGGGAAAACAAGGUGUCGACGAAGAACAGCAUCGGACCUCAUUGGACCGACAAUCCGUCCAAUCCUUCCAACAACGAGAACCAUGAAAACUGUCUGACGUUGAUGCCAGAAGGUGAAGACCCGCAGAAACUCCUCAACGACGCCGCGUGAGUUCAAAAACGUUUCAGAGAGUGACUACGCAAAAAAUCGAUUUCAGGUGUUCGAGUAAAUUCAAAUUCAUGUGCGGAAAGUAUUCAGCCCGUUAG